UAACAACCCCCCACCACCACCACCACCUGUCCCAGGUGCAGCGCCAGAGGGGCGUUUAUCACCGCCUGCCCGCGGCUCACGGAUCAGUUUCGCUCCUCCGCCGAAACACAGUGGAUCAGUUUCCUGGCUGCGCUCGCAAACAUGAUAUCGCGCUACUUCUUUUAUCUUGUUUUAUCGGCCACCGCCACCUGGGCCUUCUCAGUGUCCACGUCAACUCCUUCCCUCAGUGUCCCAGAAUACCAAGGAGCUGAUUUGAAGUGCAGCUAUACUGCAGAUUUUAGGACUCCACGGGUUGAAUGGAAAUUCAAGGAUUUGCAAGGGUCUCAGGUGUUUGUCGUCUUUGACAAUAAUCCCACUGAAAACUACAAAAGCCGAGUGCAGCUGUACAAAGAUGGGCUGAUGCUGAAGGAGGUUACGCGCAGAGACACUGGGGAGUACUUCUGCGAGGUGUCCUCUGGCGAUAUAUAUCGCAGUGCUGUAAUAAACCUCACUGUGGAAGUGCCCUCUGCUGUGCCGAUCUGCGGUGUCCCUUCAUCUGUGACCACAGGGUCAUAUGUGGUGCUUACCUGCUAUGACCCGGAUGGAUCUCCACCAUCUACUUACAAAUGGUUCAAGGACGAGGCCCUCCUACCGGAAAAUCCCAACAUGUUCCAAGAUUUCAAGAACUUCAGCUACAUACUUAACCCCAAAGAGGGCACUCUGGCAUUUCCGUCAGUGACAAAAGCGGACACUGGCAGAUAUUACUGCAUGGCCAGUAACGGCAUAGGUCCUGUCCAGAGUUGUGCAGCUCAGAUGAUGGCUGUCCGUGAUGUGAAUGUGGGGGCCAUUGUGGGAGGAGUCAUCGUGGCCCUGCUGCUUGUGCUGUUGCUCGGACUUGGUCUGUGGUUUGCUUUCCAAAAAGGACACUUUUCCGGAAAAGGUGAUGGCAAAUACAAGGCUGGGCACAUUGGUCCCGUGGAAAGAACCGUGGACAGAGAGGAUGAUGUUGAUUUUAAGCAAAAGUCAUCGUUUGUUGUGUGAAUUCUACUGGAAUGGCGUGUGUGUGUGUGUGUGUGUGUGUGUGUGUGUGUGGGGGGGGGGGGGUUAAUGAAGUUACUGUCAUGAAGUGCAAAGCUUCACUUAAAUGGAGUUUGAGUGAUUUCUGCAGAUGAUCUGGAUCACCUCUGUGUUAAAUGGUUUACCGUAUAAUCACCCCUCUUCGUGUGUAAACCUACGGUUAUAUCAGUGUCGGUACUGUGAUGCAUAUUCAUUGGACCAGACUGUUGUAAUCAUUAGUUGCAUGGAUUCCAGGAGAACUGUUACUCCUGCUGCGAGGGUGGUCCAUCAUUCCUUUAAUAUUUACUAGUUUUGAAACAUGUCGCCUGCUGCAUAUAAGCGUUCCCUUUAUUGUCAAGCAUAAUCAUGUGAGUAAAUUUUAAUUUCAUUAAACGGUGUUUUAUUUUACUUGGUUUGCUGAACACCAAAACGUAAUUUCUAUUUCACUACGAUUUUCUUGUAUCCAUUACUUGAGGGACCCUUCGCUGCAUGGUAACAUUAAACGUCAGGCAAACAGACAGUGAAUAGUGUACAGAAAGUAAAGGAGAACUCUGCCCUGGACUCGCGCAGAGGCGCUUCAUCAGCAGCCGCGCCGGACACCGGCUGGGUACCAGACAUCGGUACAGUCUCGGAGACGUGGGAUUCAAGUCAAGGCAAAUAGUCAAGACGCACGACUUCUGGCAACAUUUACAAACGUGAGGCAUUUUGCAGCGCAGCAGUCUUCCUAUGAAAUAGGUAGACAUAACGCAGAUAAAUGACUUGUUAUCCAUAUAUUUAAUUGUUAUUCACGCCUUUUUAUUGCUCAAUGUAUUUUAAAUUAUGGGUUAGGUCGAUGACGAGUACAACAAUGUAUUUUGCUGUCAAGUUCUGUUUAAAUCUGGUUGUUUGUUUUAAACAAAAAUAAAAUUGAAGUGGUAGUGGAUUAAAUGAAAAAAUAAAGCUUAUUUUAUCCUUUUGGAAAUAACAAAA